GAUCUGGUCGCUUUGCGCCAGCGGCACUUGUCCGUCCUCUCCCUGUGACAUCACCACACACCAUGAGACCCGAACACCUCACAUACGGCAGUAAAAAGUGUUCCCUGCCCGUUACAGCUGCUCCUCGUUCACCAGAACGCCUCGCGAUGGACCCUGCGCACCAGACUCACAUGAGGAGAGAGCUCCUGUCUCGGGAAUUCUACCUAAAUAAAUCACAUCCAUCCUACGGUCUUCACGAGACCCUGCCCUGCCUUCGGUUCACCCGAGGAGGCCAUUGGCGAAGAGGUGUCACGUGACCAAGGGGUGCCAAUGUUAUUCAACAAGGGUGUCAAGACCCUGUCAGUUUCUGAAAUAAAUAUUGGGAAACGGCGAGAUGCAGAAGGCAACCUACUACGACAGCUCCGCAAUUUACAGUGGCUACCCGUAUCAAAGCGCAAAUGGCUUCAGUUAUGAUGCCAAUCAGGUCCAAUAUCCCCGGGCCUCUCAUGUGGAAAGUGAGUACCAUCGACCAGCCUGCUCCUUGCAGUCCCCAGACGGCUUGGUCGCCCUGCAGAAGCCGGGGGAGAUGGCGGAGAACUGCGAUAGGGGUACGGCCAUCCAGGCAGCGCAGCCACCCGUCCUCACUGAAAGCAAUCAACCGCAGAUGUCGGUGUCUCCCACCACCCCUCCCCAGUCACAGUCCCCCGGUUCUCUCAGCCAGAACACGAGCAACGGCUCCUGUCAACCCAACUCAAAGAGCUCGGUGCACAGCUCGCCGACCACCACCCGGAAGCACAUCUUCCCCUGGAUGAAAGAGUCCCGUCAGAACCAGAAGCCUAAAACCAGUAGCUCCAGCUCAGUUGAGAGUUGCCCUGGAGACAAGAGCCCCCCGGGCGGGUCAGCCGCGUCGAAGAGAGCCCGGACGGCUUAUACCAGCGCACAACUGGUGGAACUGGAAAAGGAGUUCCACUUCAACCGCUACCUCUGCAGACCCCGCAGGGUCGAGAUGGCCAACCUGCUCAACCUCACGGAGAGGCAGAUUAAGAUCUGGUUCCAGAACCGCAGGAUGAAGUACAAAAAGGAUCAGAAAGGGUGUGGCAUGAUGCCUUCUCCCGGGGGACAGUCCCCUCGGAGCCCCCUCGGCCCAUCACCCGGAGGCGGGGGUGGAGGAUACCUCAACUCUAUGCAUUCUCUGGUUAACAGUGUACCCUAUGAGUCCCAGUCGCCAACGUCUUACAAUAAGCCCGCUCAUAAUGCAUACGGUAUGCCUACGUCAUAUCCCCCUCCCCUGAACAGCUCCCUAAACAACUGCCCGCCCUCUCAGAAGAGGUAUGCCGGGACUGGCGGCACGGCCACGCCCGAGUAUGACGCGCAUCCUCUCCAAGGAAAUGGCGGCUAUGGGACGCACUUGCAGCAAGUCAGCCCUGUGUAUGUAGGCGGAGGUUACAUCGAUUCGAUGCCCAACAACAGGGCCUCCGUUUUCGGCCUGACCCAUCUCUCGCACCCGCCGUCCACAAACAUGGACUACAAUGGAGCAAUCACUAUGGGCAAUAGUCACCAUCAAAGAGUGUGCGAUCCAAACCCGACAUACACAGACCUUAAUACGCCGCACUACUCUCAGGGAAGAAUUCAGGAAGCGCCCAAACUGACACAUCUGUAGCCGGGUUGCACCCUGGAUCACUCCGCCCCAUUGUCUUACCUGAUGAACCACCAUCGCUUUGUUUCUUUUGUUCUUUAGUAGCUUUUUCCACCUUCUCUUUGUUCUAGAUUAUGUUUGUUCUUUUUUAAAAUAUAGUUUAAUGUGUGAAGUAGCAUAGGAAAGUAAUCACGCUUGCUUCAAAUGUUCACUCUAUUUGCUAUAGUGUUAUUGUUCCGCACAGACCUAUUAUCUGACUGAGACAACACGCGCGGGGGCACAUACGCAUAGACCUAUUUAAUCUUUAACUUGUUUCUAAAAACAAAUCAAACAGGGUAUAUGAACAAAUCUUAUGGUAUUAUUUUAAUGUGAAUGUGUUAGUUUUUUGCUAUUUAUCCGCAGUUGAAGAUUUGUUUUGUGUUAUUGUUUUGCAUUUUGUUGCACUUGUGGAAGGAUCCUUAAAAAAGGGAGGCCUGGAAGCUCCAGGCUACGAUCUAACCAGCUUGUGUUUUGUUGGACUUUCAAAAUGUUAUUUAUUUAUAUGACGUUAUAUGGAGUUCUUUAGUAUUAUUUGACCCCCCUGUGCUCUUUGUAUGUGGAGAGAAGGCUAUUGGAACCAGGCCUAGGCUCUAGUUCUACCCCUUACCUGACAGCAGACAGACGACAGAGAGACAGACAGACACAACACUGAUAUGUUGGUGUUAUUUGUUUCUUCUUCGAGGAGGUAUUUUAUUUCUCUACGAAUGCAAAUCAACCAGUCACGCUUGGAAGGACGGACCAGAUAUUAGACGUUUCUUUAUUGAACAAAUAUUCUAGAUAUCACCAAGUUUCUUUUUCAGUGUCAUACAUUCCAUGCUGCUCCAGUUCGAAUAAAUAAAGAAAUGAAUUUAAAUAUG